GGCAACACUGGAAGAGAGUCAUUGAGGGAGAGAGAAUCUGGUUUAUUGAACAAACAAGAGUUUUUUAUUUAUAUGCAGUUAAGUUGCAAACGGUAAAGUUAAGUUUUAUUCGUAAUGUCUCAAGAAGUUGAGGAAACGCUAAAAAGAAUUCAAAGCCACAAAGGUGUUGUUGGUACAAUUGUUGUCAAUAAUGAAGGUAUUCCAGUGAAGUCAACGCUUGACAAUACGACGACCGUUCAAUAUGCUGGCUUGAUGAGUCAACUGGCCGACAAGGCUCGAAGUGUGGUGCGUGAUCUGGACCCGUCCAACGAUAUGACAUUCCUUCGAGUCCGUUCAAAGAAACACGAAAUAAUGGUUGCACCUGAUAAGGACUUCAUUCUAAUUGUAAUCCAAAACCCAACAGAUUAAAUGCUUUUAAUGCGAACUA